AUGGCGACCCCUGUCGAUGCCAAGCUGCUGAAACGGACAAAGUUCCCUCCUGAGUUUAAUCAGAAGGUAGACAUGACCAAGGUAAACAUCGAGGUAAUGAAGAAAUGGAUUGCCAAUCGGAUAUCCGAGAUUCUGGGAAAUGAGGACGAUGUUGUCAUCGAGCUCUGCUUCAACCUCCUCGAGGGAACGCGAUUUCCCGACAUUAAGUCCCUCCAAAUCCAGCUCACUGGGUUUCUAGAUAAGGAUACAUCCAAAUUCUGCAAGGAGCUCUGGGGUUUGUGUCUCAGUGGUCAAUCAAAUCCGCAGGGAGUUCCAAAAGAGCUUCUAGAAGCUAAGAAGCUUGAGCUCAUACAAGAAAAGAUCGAAGCCGAGAAAGCUGCCGAAGCUGCGCGACGCCAGAAAGAACAAGAGCUAGCCCGGGAACGCGAAAUGGAGGAUUUGAGAAGGAGAGAGCGCACAGAUCGGGGAAGAGGGAGAAGGGGCAGUGGUCGUGGUGACCGAGACUACGACAGACAAGGUCCUCGGAAUUCCCGACCCUCGCCGCCCAGGUAUCGGAGCCGUGACAGAUACCAUGAAGCUCCGCCCCGGCGGGACUUCGAUUCUUAUGUCCCAUCCAAUUCUCGCAGAGGUCGCCGGCCCUCCCGCUCUCCUGCCCGCUCACGCUCUCCUUCGCGGUCCAUCUCUCGAUCGCCUCCGCCUCGCGGACAAGGCCGUGGAGGUCGGGGUAGACCUCAUGAACGCCGUCGCCGAUCCUACAGCAGAUCAAUGUCCCCCGAUCGACGGGUUCGUAGAGAGCCAAGGAGACGCAGUCCGGACUACGGUGAUCGAGCUAGAUCCAAUUCCCGCAGUGAUUCAUCGCGCUCACGUACUCCCAGAAGAGACCGAAACAGACGGCGGUCUGUCUCCCGUAGCGUGACCUCAUCCCCUCGGAAUGACCGGCGCAGGAGACGGUCUUCUCAUGGAAGAUCACCUUCUCGGUCACCCUCGCGAUUGCGAGGAACGGACGUCCAAUUCAAGGAAGGAAAGCGGCGGCGUUCAUUAGAGCGAUAUCACCCUGGCGCAAAAAUGCGACGUGACAGCUCUGUAUCCGCUCCUGAUGAUAAAAGACGCAAGACGGCUGAUAAAGACGAGGACUCCGCAAGACGGCCAUCACACCCACCGAACCAAGAAGAUAAGGCGAGGAAGGAGGCCGAUGAGGUGGAUCAUCGAACCUCAGAGAGCACCUAA